AUGAUCCUGCAGCUAUUUCUCCUCGAGCUGAUGAUCCUGCUAUUUGACAUGACUCUGUUAUGCAUUGUACUGUGGAUUGCUAUCUCACUUGCACCGACCCGAGCCCUCUCCGUUCCCCUUUCUCCUUCUUCAUCGCGGCGCCGGCGACGCUUGACCCGCCGCCGGCCGAGCCUCCUUCUCCCCUCCCCUUUCUAUUUCACCGUGCCCUUGUUUUCUCUACAUUGGGGCAUCAACUUACUAGAAAAGAGGUUCUCCAGAAACGCACUGACAGAGGAAGAAAAGAAGGCUUUCAAGAAACUAUUGAAAGAAGAUGGCUACUAUACGAUCAGAGUGUCAUCUAAUGUGUUAGAUCCUCCGGGAAGAGAUUUUGUUGUUUCAUCAGUCAGAGUUAUCAUGUCAAACUCUGAUGAUGAAUCUGAUGACUAUGAUGAAUUAGGCCCAGAUAUCAAUUUGCUUCUUAUUUUGAGCCAUGCAAAUGAUUUUUUUCAUGAAAUGACUCAGUUUCAUAGAUCUAUUGAUCGGAUGCCUUGUCGAACGUCAUCUCUUACUAGGAGGAUGUAUAUUCAAGAAAUACUUGAUGGGCACCCUCAAAAUUGUCUUGGAGCUAUUGAUGGAACUCACGUAUCGGCAUGGGCACCGACAUCAAUUCAAACAUCUUUUCGUGGUAGAAAGGUUAUUGUCACACAAAAUGUGAUGCUUGUAUGCGAUUUCGAUAUGCUUUUUACAUUUGUGUAUACGGGCUGGGAGGGGACAACAAAUGAUUCAAGGGUGUUCAUAGACGCUUUGACUAGGCAUGAAAAUCAUUUUCCUAAACCUUGCGGUGAUCAAUUUUAUUUGGUUGAUUCUGGUUACCCAAAUAUGCCGGGGUUUCUUGCUCCGUAUCGAGGUCAACGCUAUCACUUGAGAGAUUAUCGACGGCAAGGCAGACCAAGGGGGAAGGAAGAGUUGUUCAAUUAUAGGCAUAGCACAUGUCGUAAUAUUAUUGAGCGAUGCAUUGGGGUGCUUAAGGCAAGAUUUCGAAUUUUAAAAGAUAUGCCAAACUAUCCAAUUACUAGCCAAAGAUUAAUUCCACUUGCAUGUUGUGCGGUGCAUAAUUUCAUACAUCGGCAUCAUGCAAUGGAUAAUUUAUUUAUGGAGUAUUCAUCUGAAGAUAUGCUCAUGUCUGGAGGUGAAGAUAGUUUUGGUGAUCAAGAGCCGAUUCCAAUUGAUCCAAGCCAAACAGCUCAGAUGGGACACAUAUGUGAUGACAUUGCAAGCCAUAUGUGGAAUGAUUAUGUGGAGCAUCAUCCGUAA